AUGGCACCAACCCUCCUACAAGCACUCAACAUUAUGCGCGAAUCAGAAGGAACGGAACACGUGGACCCUGCCGUCGCUGAUGUCCUGGAUCGCGAGCUACAAUCCAUAUGGAAGAAGUUGCGCGCCCAACCCGAUUCCUACAUCUUAACUCGCGAUGAGUACAGCCUCUUCAACCUGUACCGCCAUAAUUAUCCCAAUGAUGAUGUUGCGACGAAGGCCAUCCAACGUUUUUGGGACCGAUACCGGGGCGACGGUGUCAAGGGUCCCUAA